AUGCAAAAUAAUAAUGGAACUUUGUUGGCAAUCAUGACAGUGGAGAUCUCACAAGAUGAGAGAGAUUAGAUUUACAUUUAUGAAGGUGAUGAUCCCAGAGAUUUGGGUAUUGCAUUUGUAUCAAAACAUGACCUCCCUGGCCGCUAUCUAUUGAAGUUGAUUGAUAGCAUAUCGUAACAUAAAUAAUAAGCAUAACACACUUUAAAUAAUGAAUAGAAGGUGACAAACGACCAGAAAUCAAAUUAUUUCAGAAAUUCUACAAAUUCAACUCCUUAUAAAUAGAAUAGUUAGAUUUCAACUCAAAGUUGUUAAAAGAAGAGUCCAUUGAUAAGCAGUAGAUCACAUUGUAGAGAUUUCUCAUAAGACGUUAGCAAGAUAUUGAGAGACAGAAGUGCGAAGGAAAUCAAACAAUUGAAGCCUAGAGACGAGAACGAGUUGACCUUCACUCCCCAAAUCAACAAGAAUUCUGAAUAGAUAGUUAAAUAGAAACGACAAGAUAAUAGUGUCGAAUAGAGAUUGAUCGAUUAUGGGUAGAAGAAAGAAAAAAGGUUACAAGACCUGAGGACGUAGAAAUAACAAUCUUAAGACUUAUCAAAUAAGUCAUACACAUAUCAUCCCAAGACUACUUAGAGAUCUCAUGAAAUCUUAAACGAAAAGAAUGUAAGCAAAACCUACAAAGAUAUUUACAAUAAAACCCCAGAUAGUAAUAAUUCUUAUGUAUUGAAUUUACCAUGUGCUGAUCAAAGUGUUGUGCAAUAGGUUUGGAGAGCCUCCUUGAGAAAGCUAUUCAACAUGCUCGACAAGGAGUAGAAGGGCGAACUGAACACAGAAUAGGUUGACUUAUCAUAGAUGAGUUAUGAGAUGUUGCAAAUUGUUACUCCAGUUUUGUUAAUCAUGGAGGAGAGAAGAACCUUCAAGUUUGAUGGUUUCGCUAAGGAAGUCACCAAUUACUGUGUUUAGCACAACUUUGUUGAAAAUUUAUUUUCAUUACUUUUAUAAUGA